AUGGUAUCUCCCCUGCCAGUUCCAAAAGAAUUCCAGGAAGAGAGACACUUCCUGACAAGCCACAUCUUCCCGCAGCUCAAUGAGCGCUGCCAUGCGGGCACCUAUUUCAGAGCUGUGGACCUGAGGUGGGCUGAGCUGGCAGCCCCUAAACCCCCAAGCCCUGGUCGCUUUCGACAGCAGUGGUGUCUCGGCUCCCUGCACCUAAAGCUCUGCCUGGACCACGUGAAUCACUGCUUCCCCUUCUUUAUCGCCUUGCUGGGUCACACCUAUGGGGACUUCCAGGAUGUCUCCUCACAUACCAUCUUCUCCACAAUAACCGAUUUGUCGGGCUUGUCAAUGGAACGGAAUCUUUAUGUGGCUGACCAGAAUCGCUACCCUUGGGUCCUGGACAGCCCUGACUGCAGCCUGAAAAAAAAAGAAAUCAUGAAAGCUGCGUUCCUCAGACAGUCCGAGUUUCAGUAUUAUUACUUCCAGUCUGGAAACACGCUGGCAAGGGCCUUUAAGAAGAAGGAGGAGGAGCAAGAAGUGGAGGAGACACUGAUGUCAGCUGCUUUGAUAAUGGAAGAAAAGGAAACAAUCAGAAUCGGGAAGCUCAAGAAAAAGAUUAUUAACAAGGGGCUUCACGUCAGAUAUUACAGAAAUCUUGAGUUGGGGGAACUGUUUUUUAGAAUAAGUCUCUUCCCAACCUACAAGUCUAAUUUACUCUUGUCUGGAAAAUGUGGCUGUGGCAAGUCCACCCUAAUUGCCAGUUGGGUGAAUGAUUUCAAAAGCAAGUACCCCACCAUGUUGCUGGUCCCCCAUUUUGUGGGCAGCACCUGUGACAGCAUAUCUGUCAUAUAUUAUUUCAUCACAGAAUUACAGAACAAACAUUAUGGUACUCUGCUGAAAAUGGAUAUUUUUGACGAGAACACAAAAGUCUUGUUCAUUGCUUCCAUCAGCUCAAGACCGAGCAUCCUUGUCCUCAAUAGAGUCGAAGAACUGACAGGCAGUUAUGGGAUUUCGGGGCAGAAGGUAAGAGACUUUUCCUGGCUGCCAAGCUUGCUCUUCCCCAACUGCAAAUUGAUCCUGAGCACUGUCUCCUCCAGCCUCUCCGGCAGGGCGCUGUGCACGCGCCCAGAUGUGAAGGUGGUGGAGAUCAUGCACCCCUGGAGCAAGGAAGCCAGAACGAGCAUUUUUAGGCAGCAUUUUAUCACCCCUAGCAACAGCUCCCCCUUCUGCCUGUACCGGCAGAUUCUGAAGAGGAAAUCCAACCUCAACACUCUGAAACGUGCCAUCCUGAGCACGGAGCUGGGUGAAUGCCACAUCUACUGGGACGAUCUGCAGUGUCUGAAGCAGUUUCUGGACGCAGGUUCCAUGCAGGAGCUCUGGGAACUGGUUCUGAAACGCUAGAUUGAAGACUAUAGUUGGACGGUUGAGCCCCAGAAGGAAACUGCAGAUGCAGAGACUUUAGGAGAAAGGCCAGACAACUGGGUGGCCAGUGCCCUGAGUCUGCUGUGUCUCUCACACUGUGUGACAGAGGAAGAGAUCUUCCAGCUCCUGGCCAUGCUGGGCUACAGGGAUGAGCACAGAGUGACUACGCUGCACUGGGCUGCCUUUGCAACGACAGGACAGUGGGUACGGGAGAAGCCCAGUGGGGUCUUCUACUUCCAGCACCAGACCCUGUGUGCUGCUGUGGAGCAGAAAAUUCUGGGAGUAUUUAAAUGGAAAAAUGACAGUCUUAGGCAUGAAAGGAGUUUCUGCAUUGACGAAGAGCAAAAGUUUGGAAAAACAGAAACAUUAACAGUAGACCUCAAGAUGAUAAGUACUCUUCAUUCCUUCCUUCAAAUGCCUUGGAUUAUUUCAUUUUCUUAUAUAUUGGUGCUGGAAAGCAGGACUUUCGAGGUUACCAAUAUGGACAAAUGCCGAUUACUAUUCUUCAUUGGGAAAUUUUUGAAGUUUCUGGGCAAGUUUCUGAAAGGAGUGCCCUUCCUCUCCAGAGCUGCAAUAGCAAUGCAGAGAAGCAUUCGGGACAUGAGUCAGCCUGUGACAGAGAUGCUUCUCAAUAUGCAGAACACGCUGGACAAGCUCUACCUGGACAUCGGGAUGGCCCAGGAGGGCUUCCAUUAUUUUGAGAAAGUACUGUCCAGCCCGAAGGGAUUGUCAUUCAGUAACUUCAAAGGCAAGAAAGAAUUAGUAAAGCAGAAAGAUAGGGUGCUGAGUAACCUGGUGAAGUCAGUGCCCGUGGAAUACCUGAGGGCAAACCACUUUCUGGAAAGUGCCGGCAAGAUCUCCUGCCUGAUGGACAGGCACCCAUGCAAUGAGGAGACCAUGAAACACACAGAAGGUGUCCUCGUAUUUCUGGCUGGAAACAUGUGCCUUGCCAGAGCCACGCUGUAUGAGUGCCUGUAUAUCAGGAAAUGGUUGUUUGGCAAGAAUAACAUCCUGGCUGGAGAGACUAUGGAAUUACUGGCAGAUCUGCUGUCAUUUCCCUUAAGAGAUCAUGAAAGGGUUUCCAGGAAGCAAGCAAUUAAAUUUUACAAAGAAGUGGCAAGAAUAAAGGAUAAUGCAAGAGGUCAGGUUAUCUCCCAGCUCAUUGGGAAGCAGCUGAGCAUCAGCCUAAGUGACACGUUGUGCAAAUUAGGAAGAAAUGCUGAUCCUCAUGUGCCUGUGGGCAAGCUGGAUGUCUGCUUUUGA